UAAAGAUUUUUGUGUUGUUAUGGUAUUAUCAAGCUUUGCUUUGGAAUGUCGCGUCUGUGUCGAUCGUCAUGAAUCUUAUUUCUCGAUUUUCCACAGUCCUCAAAAUUUGUUGCGAAGAUUUAUCUGAAGUGACUUUACCAAGUACAAAAAAUGCCAAAUUGAUAAUAUUUUCUAGCCAAAUAUUGUUCAUUAACAGCCAUGGCCAGUAACUACAAUCCAGACGACUAUAUUCCAAUUCCUCCUCGUAGAUCUCGCACCAACACUUCAGAUAAAGUACCUUACACUGUGGAUGUAAUAGUUGAACCAUGUAUGGUUCCGUCUAUGGAAAGAAUGACUCGACCUGAAUCUAGUAGAGUAAAUAUCUCGCCUUUAGACCGUUUAAGAAAUAAUGUCGAUAUGUCUGAAAAUGUUGCUAGAAUGGCUUCACAUUUAAAACAGUUAGAGAAGAAAAGAGACGAACUACAGCGACAGUGUACAGCUAUUGAAACCAUGAAUAGGCAAUGUGAAGUGAACAGACUGUUAGAGAAAAACAAAGAAUUAAAACAAGAUGUCUUUGUAUUGAAAAAUCUUACGUAUAGAUUAAAUCGAGAAUUGGAAAAGUGCCAAGAUAAACUAAUUUACAGAGACCAGCAUCCAGAAUCUGAGGGAUACGCACGUCCACAAAAUCCUAAAAAUGUUGAUUGGCGUCGAGAAGAUAUCAUUGCAGUUUCUCCAUUAUUAGAAGCCUAUCAGACUUCUUUAGAAGAAAAAGAUAUGACUAUUGAAAGUUACAAGAAUGAACUUGCUCGUUUUUCUUCUAGAAGUAGAGAAAUUGUUGCCGAAAAUGAGAAUCUUUAUCAACAGCUCGAAGAAGCAAACGAUAAAGUUGAAGUUACAUAUACUGAAUGGAAAACAUUGGAAUCUGAAGUGGCUAUGUUGAAAGAACAUAACGAGUUAUUAGUUAGACAAGCAAAACUGCACCAGGCAAAGUUGCAAGAUUUAUUGAGAUCCUACCAAUCUCGAGUUACCGAAUUAAAUGGGGAAAGAGACCAUUUGGCUGACAAGUAUGAAAAUGCACGUGCCGAACUCUUACAUUUGCAGAGCCGUGUAUCUACUUUGGCCGAAGACUUAAACCGAAUAAAAACAGAAGACAGUAACAAAAUUCCUCUAGCAGUCCACAAAUCAGCUGUCAAUGAAUGUCGCAGACUUUUCGAAGAACUCAAAAAUCGGUAUGAUGAUGAACGUGAUACUCUUAUGCGUCGUCUUAUCACGUUUGAAGAAGAACGGCCAACGCUCGAUAUAAGAAUUGUUUCUCUGACCACAGAACUAAAUCAACAGCGAUCAAUAAACAAAGCAUUAGACCUUCAAUGCUCGCAGUUGAAAGCUAAGUGUGAUUCUUUGGAAAAACACUUAUUCGAUUGUGAAUCCGAAAAGAACACUAAUAAAAGACAACUUGCCGAUGCUAUGGUAUUUUUGCGUGAGACUAUCAACGAGCAUGAAGCACUGCUACAUCGUGCUGCUGGCGAUAGCCGUAACAAUGCUUCCGCUGCACUUCUGAGUGCUUCAAUAAGUGCUAGAGUAAACACUUUUACUGAGCAUUUGAAGAGUGUUGAACAAGGAUUGUAUGAGAAAUCUGCUGAAUUGGACAGGAUGAAGAAAACAUAUGAGAACGAAAUCAACGCUCUGAAAAAUGCCCUAUUGCAAAAGCAAAGUAUCAUAGACUCUCUGGAUGCACAUCAAGAGAGAUAGCGAUGGUGUCCUUGCACCAAUUGGUCAUGGUGUCGUUUUAGUCAGUACAUAAGAGAAAAAUAAGGUUGUGUUAUAAUAUUACUGCCAAAAAAAAAAAAAAAAAAAAACAAUUGCUUAUAAAAAGACUUUUAAUCAAAAGCUUAAUAACUUGAAAAUGUGUUCGUAUGGUAUAUUUAUACUAAUAAUUAUAAGUAUGUUAUGUAAUAAUUAAAUUUUUGUUAUGUAGUUAUAAGAGUUUUCCAAAAAUAUGUCACAAGAAGAUAAUAACAUUUUGGUUAUAUAAUUGGUAUUUAUUAUUUACAAC